AUGCCGAAAACGCCCAUAGCGAUACGUACGCCACAUUCCCAUGACGUCUUGUUUGGCCGUGGAGCAGGCACCAACUCACAUCCAGGCAACCAACGGUUUUUGCAGUGGAUUUGGGAACUAUCUGUCAAGUAUCACGGUGUGGCAAGAAGGGACAAGAAUAAUGUGUGCCAGAAAGUGAUUGAUCUGGUCCACCUUCAAGAUCCUCCAGGUCGCUUCCUCCAGCAAACAGGAAACGGACAAGAAAGAAAAUGGAACGUAGUGGACGAAACAGAAUCUCUCUUGUUGCUCUCCAAAGUCGGACAAGCCUUUCGCGACCUCAAGAGGGAUCUUCGACAGAACAGCAACAGCCGUAGAAUUUCCAGCCCAGGUCUGCAAGCAGAAGAAUGUGCUGGUAUUGGACGCCCCAUACAGCCAUCUUGGCACUCGUAUAGUAGACACCAAUCUGCUGGUGGGCUCCGACAGCCAGUGUUGAAAAGAUUUAACAAUAGACACCCUGGUGCUCCCUAUGCACUCUCUGUGGCUCCAGAGCAUCCGGUGGGGCUGAGACCAUAUCAUCGCCACGUCUACAACAAGCAUAGUUCCAGUUCCAAGUGA